GGAGCCAGAGGGCAACCCGCCCCCCCUAAAGCUGCUGCAAUUUUGGUCACUGGCUACAAGUCGUUUCAGUUCUGUGAAGUGUCUGAGCAAGCAGAAAGCAAGGAAGAACAACACCUUUGUGGAAAACACGUUGGGCUCUUCAGGAUGGACUUUUCUCCUGCUGGGUCAUCUGACCUGAGCGAGGCUGAAGAGGCUGAAAUAGAGACAAUAAAGCAGCACAGAGAAGAGCUCUUAGAGGACAUUAAGAAGUUGAAGGAACAGAUUGCCCAAGUGUUUGCAGAGAUUGAAUGCUUCCAAAAUGAAGAGAGGCAAGAGACAGACCAUAACCCUGGGGAGCAGACCAGCAAACUAUCACAGAGGGAUAAACUUCUGUCGCUGGGUCGGAAGAAAUUCAACAUGGACCCUGCAAAGGGGAUCCAGUACCUGAUUGAGCAACAGCUAUUGUCCUCAGACCUGCAGGAGAUCGCCAAAUUCCUCCACAAGGGUGAAGGCCUGAACAAGACAGCCAUUGGGGAUUACCUGGGUGGGAGGGACCCCACAAACAUUCAGAUCCUCCAAGCUUUCGUGACAUGUCACCAGUUUGCCAAUCUCAACCUGGUGCAGGCACUAAGACAGUUCCUAUGGAGCUUCCGGCUGCCUGGGGAAGCACAGAAGAUUGACCGCAUGAUGGAGGCCUUUGCCAACUGGUACUGCAAGUGUAACCCAGGAGUAUUCCAGUCCACAGAUACCUGUUAUAUACUCUCCUUCUCUAUCAUCAUGCUUAACACUAGCCUGCACAAUCCCAAUGUGAAAGAUAAACCCCCAUUUGAAAGAUUUGUAUCCAUCAACCGAGGCAUUGACAAUGGAGCAGACCUGCCAGAAGAGCUCUUAAAGAAUCUGUUUGAGAGCAUAAAGAAUGAGCCGUUCUCCAUACCAGAAGAUGAUGGGAAUGAUCUGACGCAUACUUUCUUCAACCCUAGCCGCGAGGGAUGGCUACUGAAACUAGGAGGUCGUGUGAAAACCUGGAAGCGCCGCUGGUUCAUUCUGACCGACAACUGCCUGUACUACUUUGAAUACACCACGGACAAAGAGCCUCUGGGCAUUAUCCCCCUGGAGAACCUAUCAGUCCGGAAGGUGGAUGACCCCAAAAAGCCAAACUGCUUCGAGCUCUUCAAUCCCAACUGCAAAGGGCAGAAGAUCAAAGCCUGCAAAACAGAUGGAGAUGGGAAGGUGGUUGAAGGCAAGCAUCAGUCCUACAAGAUCUCAGCAGCCACACCAGCAGAACGUGAUGAGUGGAUUGAGGCAAUAAGGACCAGCAUAACACAGGAUCCUUUCUAUGAUCUGGUCUCCGCCCGAAAGAAAAAGAUUGCCAACAAAAACUGAGCCCUGAGCUGGUCACUGGCAGCAGGAAACUGUAUUUGUUGGGCAGCUUCCCUCUCAUGCGGGGCACUUCCAGUGAAGAAAUUCAGAAGCAUUGGCUCCCUCUGCCUCCCACAUGGUAGGAAGAUGACUGACAGGACAACUUAGCAGAUUUGCUUCUUCCCUUUCCAACCUGAAGGCAGAGGCACUGGGUGCAACCAACUGAGGACUGUCAGAGCUGUGGGCACAGCGUGUCCCAUGUCAUAACACAAAGGCUGCACAGUGUCUAGCCUUUGGGUUCUUCCGUAUAGCUCCAGGCAUGAAGGACAAGAUUUGAGGGGAGAAGAGAAUGUCUCCAGUAUGUCUCCAGCCCCCAGGCAACCCCUCCAGCUAUCAGUUGAGGCCUGGUUAUUUUUCUGAGGAACUAUGUGGGUGCUCUCAGGCCAGCAAAGCAUGGUCCAGUCAGUUGCAGAGUAGAAAAGCUCCAUUGGUUUCUCUUCCUUGAACAGAAGUGCAGUGGUUAUGGCGAAGGUGCAGCUGAUAUUUAAGAUCUCCAGGAUGAAAUCAGAGGACAAGGGAAAAUAAGAAGCUCUCUGUUCAGAAGAGAGCCUCCUUACCUCUUCCUAUAGCCAUGAGGGCUAUAAUCCUGGAAAGUCCCUGCUCUGCAGCUGAGACAUAGGUUUUAGGAAGUAACUGUUGUUAGAUAGGGAGAUAAGGUGUACAGUGAGUGUAUAGAGGCUGCUGGGCCAGGGAAGCAGCUCUGGGUCUUUGUCUCUCUAUUUUGAUACUCAGGGACCACCACAGGUCCCCCUAGGGAAGAACCCCAAACACUAGCUCUCCUCCUGGCUGAUGGCUUCCCAGCAAACUUUGCUUCCUUGCACCACCCCAGAGGCCCAGACCGUGUAUCUGAAAGGUCUGCAGCCAGCAGGCAUGACAAAUCAGAGGUGCAUAUAAACCACAUGCACAUACAGACAGGCAUGCACACACACAGAGGCAUUCCCACCUUCACAGACUGGUUUCACCUGGUGCCUGCUGCUUUUGUCUCUUGUGUGAAGAAAUAAAAGUGUCUGAAACAAGCCGAAACCUCAGGGCAGCGCGAUCGUUUUCGUGAUAAAAGCAGAGGAUGUGAGAUAAGACGUGUCGUGUUCCUGUGUGUAGCAAAGCAGACGGAGCACCGCCGCAGCUCUGCAGUGCACCCAAGAUGCAGGAGGGCUGAGCGCUGGCACAGGCGGGCAGCUCUUGGGAGAAAUAAACGGGACAGGAGGAAAGGUGAAAAAGGGAAUGGAAACACUGAGAGCUGGGAAUGGCAUGGAUGCAAGUACUAGAGAGCCGGUAUGGAAAAUUACACUUGCAAGGUUAAAGGCCUCGAUAAUCUACUGCUAUUUUACCCCUUACAUUUCAGGGCUGUCCUAGUAAAUACCGGGGCUCAGGUCUCUGCCUUUUUUCUUCCUGCAGAGGGCUCUAUCCACCAGGAAAUCUGCAGCAGAGCCUGCACCGCACGAUUAUUCAUUCCAGUUAUUUUUGCCUGAGCCACAGGAACGUUGAAUUAAUUUCGGGAGGCAGGGAGUGUGUCUCGGAGUUGAAGCACGCACGUACCCCGGAGAACGAACGUGAAGAUUUUCUUCUGCUCGCGCCUGCAAAUGUCUCCCGUGCUGAAUCUCUUUGUCACUGAUGUGAUACGGAGUGAGUUUUUUGCCCACUGCUAUGUAGUACAUCUGCACACACACAUCCGCUCUCGCUCUGGGUGCAAUGCAGGAGGAAAGGUCACGUCCAGAGGUGGGAGGAGAAGUCAGAAUCUGGCCCCUCAUGCUGACGACAUCUCCAGCAUGUAUAAAAGAAAUGUACAAGAUGCCCCAGAGCCUAAGAUUUGGGUGAGAAAUGUCUAUUUUAGUGCCUCUCAGGGUCUCUGUGUGCUCUGUGUGCCAAAAGGCACCCAAAUGUAGCUCUUCUGCCCACAGUCUGGUUUUGGGAGAGGGAAUCCAGGCUAAGCUCUUCCUGGAGCUUACCUGGUUCAUUCCUUUGGCAGCAGAGACUUCCCAAGCAAUUCCUGUUCCCAAAUUCCUGAAAUUCUCUUCAGGUUGCCUGCGUCUCUUCCUGUCCCUCCUUCCCCCAGAUACCCACACUGCAAAUUAGAAUUAUUUUUAAUGGGGUGAGGGAGGAUCCCUUGUGAGAAGCAAAACAGAACACGGAGAAGGGCAGUUGUGUCAUUUCCACCCAUCAAAAUAACCACAAGAAUGAGGUGAAGAUGGAUUGGGUUUCCUCUCUCUGUAGAGGCUGAGGCAGGGAGACGGAGACCGUAAGUUUGAGUGAACACAGUGGUACCUGAUGUUGCCCACCAGCAAUGCAACAUGUACACUCUCCGAGUGCUAUCCCAUGCCUCAUGCCUGCUGAAUACCAAUGUUUCUGUAUGAGGAGGGAGCAAAAUGACAAAAAUUGGCCAGGGUGUCUCAGGCCAGAUCUAUAAAAUUUGGCAAUCCACUUGUAUCAGUGUGCCUUGGCAGCCACGCUUGGAGCUGUUGCAAACUCGUGAUGGGAACAACAUGUAUACCUGGAACAGCACCACCGGGCAAUGAGUUGCUGCUGGUCACCAUCACAAAUUUCCUUCUCAGAGGGCACUACACACAGGUGCAUACACACAAACACACGCAGACCUUCAGGUACUAAACCUGGCAGAUUGCUAUCUGGUCGAUGUGUUCCUUUUUCUGCUCAUAGGCAGCACACGUGGGUCACACAGACAUACGUGCAGAAGACUGGCAUUUACUCUCUGUGUGCCCAAGGAAUCCUGUGCACAUCCGGUAAUUUGUUUUCAUAAUAAAUGUCUGUUUUCACAAAAGGCCUGGGAAGAGAAUAUCAUGGAUGUGCGGACCACAUCACUGCAUUCUGCCUCCUCCCCCUUCUUCCCUUCCUCCCGUCCCUGUUUAUCAGCUCCUUUUUGGAAGGCUAAUACAUUUUAAAAAGGCUUUCUAGAAAUUGCUUGCAAGCAACAGAGAUGGAGCAGCUGUGAGGGAGCCAGCAGACUAAUUCAGCACUGCUUAUGUAUCUAGCAAAGGGUAGAGAAAACCUUUCAGAGGUGGAGGGGAGGGCAGCGUGGAAGGCAGACUGGUCUAAAUUUGGGACUGAGAGCACAUCAAAGCUCGUGGGUCGAACCUGUCUUUUCCCAAGGGGUGACUGCCCUUGCUGAUAGGAGCUCAUGAGCAAACGGAGGCUUGUUGGACAGCAAGGGUCUGCAAGAGAGGUGUCUGGGGUGGUGGGUAGUGGCAGAGCAGGAGCACCCAUCUGGCAUACUGACCACUCCUGGCUGGCCUGGAGCUGCUCAGCUGUGUGUCACACACCCUUUAACACAAAGGGAAAAUCAAGUGGCUCUUUUCUGCUAGCUAAAAAGGGGGUUUUGGAGCAGAACUGCAGCCUUUCAGUUCCCUCUAUGGCUGUGAUACGCCAUGUGAGCCCCACAUCUCAACCUGCUGCAGCAAAACAGAGGUUGCAACUGAGAGGGAUUGACAGGUCUUCCAGCUCAUACCAUAAACCUGGAGAAAGAGAAGGCUCUUACAAGAGCAUCAGAGGGAUGGGAGCCAGACUUAUACCCUCUGGGAUCAGUCAUUUGUAUGGAAAGAGGUACAUCACUGCCGUAUUUGAAUGAUGCAGUCAGAUUUAUGGGGGGCAACAGGAGCAAUUCUUCCCGUCGCCCAUCCCUUAUGAUUGGUGGCUGGAAUGCCACUGGUCACCUGAGGAAUAAGGUAAAACACUGCUCUACUUCCACCCUCUUAAAACUUUGCUUGAAUAUGCGUUUCACACAGAAGGUGCAGAGCACAAAAGCAAAGGGCAGCAUGGCUCUCGACGACAGCACCACGACCUUUCUGCUGUGCCUUGCUCUGCCUCAUUUCUGCCUCCCUCCUGACAGUGGGCCAGCCUGGGGGGCUGGAGGAAGCCGGAGCAAAUCAGGGUCAAGACCUAGCCAGGGUUUCUUGGACUGUCACCACUAUCACAUCUGUAGCGGCUCUGCUCUAAGUGCCUGAGACAGGGGUGCGCAGCACUCUCAUCUCAUCGUGCCAUUUUCAAUCCUGCUGCCUCCCUGCGAUGAAGAUGAAUGUGGCCUGUCCCAGGUUAUCAUAUUUCUGUGUGUGUGAUCCUGUGUACAGACAUCAGCUUGUGCUUGAAGGCUGAUGCUGUUGGGCUAUCUGCAGGGAGGUCGUGUACAGUGGGAUGGGGGGGAUUGUAAGGAGUCAGGGAGCAUGGAGUAGACCGGGUCCUGUGUGGGUCAUUGGUGAAUAAGGGCUUAUAGUGUCAAGAGCAUGUCUUCCACCUCAACUCUGGAGCAAGGGUGACACAAAUGUCGGCACUAAGUGCACCAUGACAUCCCUUGAACAGCCUACAACCUUUAAUGCAGCCACUGUGUCACACUGCCCAGGGGCACUCAUAUCUCAGGGGCUUUCCUCUCCCCAUGAGGGGUAGGGAGCCAGACACAGGUACACAGACAGACCACGUGCAUCCCAUCCCAGUGCCUCUCCUCUCUCUCUCCUUGCAGAAGGAAAAACAGGCUGAGGAGAAGAUGGAGAUAGGAGAGGAGCUGGGCAGGUCAGUCCUUGUGGAGUGGGACAGCUCCUAUCCCAUGGGGGCUAUGCUUAUGGAAACACAAGCUGGAGCAGAAUUUGGGGAAGGACUGUGGUGGCUGUGUUAAGCGACACUGCAAGGUGAGACAUGUAACAGUCCUUUCUUCUGAGCUCCUGGGCUGACCUUAAGGCACCUACACAAGAAAAACAUUUUCUGCUGCUCCUUUAACCAUGGUGGGUGGAAGCAAGGUUCCUGGGGAUGGCUGAAGAGGUGGUGAUUUGUGCAAUUAAUGUCUAAUCAGUUCUAUGAAUAUUUAUUGCUAGUCAGCAAGCUCCUGACUUGACUGACAGCGAAACCCCAUCAGACCAGAGUCACAUUCACAGCUAAAUCGGAGCCUACUUUGGGGUUCACAGAUGCAAAAGGUCCAAAAGGUAUAACCAUCCCGCUGCUUGUGGCAGGCACAGGAACCUCUUCAAAAUUUUAUUCAAACCUUUUUUAAGGAGAAAAAAACAUAUAUUUUUUAAAAAAUGUCUAUCUGGGGAAAGGCACCUCGACAUUUGCUGAUAUAUUAGCAAACUUAACCUAUGACUGAGUCUGAGCUUGUUCUGUAUGUGUAAGUGUGGGUGUGUGCACAUGUGCUCAUUUAUUUUCUAAUGCAACAUGGGAGCAAAAAUAAAAAGGAGAGAAAUAUGAAUUCCUGAACCUGUUUGAAAAGUCACAAAGCAGUCAGGACAUUCCUGGAGCUUGUCAUUGACCCUUCACCCACCAUGGCAUAAAAUAUAUAGAAAGUCAGUAUUUUGAUUCCUUGGGAAAUGCUACUUUUUGGACUUCCUGCAAUCAUCAGAAUUUUGAUGUUUCUCAGCUUUGCUCUUUUCCAGGAUCCCUCAGAAUGACUUUCUCCCUGCUCUGAUCCUUCUAACUUCACUUCUGCCUCUGACUUCUCCUUCCCAUGGUGCGUCCUUCAGCUGGGUCCUCUCCAUAAAGGUGCCACUUGCCCUCCCACCUUCAACAACCCUCCUUUCCUUUUUCCUGACCAGCAGUGCUGCUCCUCCUGCUCUUCCUGCGUCCUGGACAGGUUCUGCUCUGGGAGCUCAGAGCCUGCCUUGACAGAGCUCUGGGGAAAAACCCCUAUUAUCUGUGCAAAGACAGUUGCUAAAACCUGAGCCAAGCUCUCCAGCUCCCGCUGCUCACCUGCAGCUUGGGUUUGUGCUGGAGGCUCUGCCAAAAGCCUGUUAUUACUUAAAUGAAAAAGACACGCAGCCCUCCCUGAGAAGGAAGAGGUGCAGAUAACAGUGAUUUGUCUGCUGCCUGCUGCCUUCUGACAGGGAAAAAAAAUCCCAAAUUCCCCCAGGGCUUCCAGGAAAGGCCCUCAGGAGGGAGAGCACAGAGGCAGCGCUGCACAGCGAGGGCCACGUUUGCACUUUCUGCAUGGAUAAGAUCCUGUGAUUUCAGUAGCAGGGUGGGAGAAGACCCCCUGUAUUUGCACCGCAGACAUCCCUUUCCUCUCAUGUGAUUGUGUGUGAGCUUAUAUAGGAUUGGGAAAAUACAAAAUGAGAGCCAAUAAUAGACCCAGAAUAAACAGCAAGGUAUCAGGGGAGGGACGGAAGGGAGGGCUCGCAAGCCUGAAGCCAUUAUUAUCGUGUAAGAGGGCUCUGUUCUGCAAGUAUCUGGCUAUUGUUUUCCUUGCUGCAGCCCUUGACUUGCCUCACCAGCUCCACCACUGUGCUGUGGAGCUGUGAUUUCAAUAUCCAGGAGCUAAUGUGCUACUUGGCCUCUUCUCCACAAGGCGUUCAGCAGGGGAAAGUGUGCUUCACACACCAAGGGGCUGGAGGGGCUUCAACAGAGGCAGUGGAAAAGGGCUUCUCUAUCCCAAGCUAGACCAAAAUAUCACUAAACUUCCCAAACAGAAAACUAGACUUCAAAAAAAAAAACCACACAAAAUCUCAUUUGAAUGUCCAAGAGACCCUUGUUUGGUUACAUUUUGAGGCUAUCUUGCCCCUCUGGAGAAGAGAAAGUAACUUCCUUCUUUCCUUCCUUUUUUUGUAUUUGAUGUGAGAAUUGAAAUUGUCAUUUGAUUGCCCCAGCUCCAGGUGCUGGGGCUUUAUGUUAAGUAUCACGAUGCUUAGGACAAAAUGGUAAGAAUCUGCAUCGUUUCCAUGCAAUCCUGAACUGCUGUAAAGUGUGUUCUUAGACUUCUUUCUUCCCCUAAAUGCUUGCUCUCCUGUGUUCCCAGCACCUGAUCAAAAUAUCUCUGCACCAAUUGCAGCUCUGCUCAAUCCUUUGUAAUAACACAUGGAAAAAUAUUUU